AUUUUUAUUAGGUAGUGGAAAAAAGAAAAAAAUAGGUAUACAAGUAUACAAUGUGUUAAAUUUGGUUUUGGAGAAACACAAAACAUAUCUAAAAAGCUUUUUUGUAAUGUUUCAAUUUUAUAUUCCAAAAUAUAAAAACAUCCAUUCAUACUUAAGGUCGAACAUUCGAUAAAACGUCACUAUUGGGUUAUGUUUUCUCAUUGGCUAAGUCUGUAUUUUGAUUUGUUGAUUGGUUUACUUAAAUUUAGAUCAAUAUUGACAUAUAAAACUCAAAUCCACGUGAAUUGACGAUCUAUAUUUUUUCUGAAGUAACUGAGCGUUUUAGAAUACAUCAGAACAUGGAUUGCAGAGUUGUACUCAAAAUGUAGUCAAAAAAUUAUCUGUAUAUUCUGUACAACGAUUCUUAUACAUGCGAACUUAUUUAUAGUACGAACUCAACACGUUACAUGUUGAAUACAGAGAUACAAUAUAAGAAUCGCAUUCUAUCGAACGAAAAUAGUCGUCUCAACAUGUGAGUAUUGAAAGAUGAGAAUCCCACUACUGAAGUGAAACUCCUAGGCUUUGUAACCAUGUAAACCAAAAUAAAACUGUCACAAUACAGAGUGCAUUUUGAUUCUGGACGUAAAAUGUUGUUAAAUCUCAAUUAUGUGAAUUUGUACAUCUUUAUCGCAAGAAACAAAAUUUUAAAUUUAACUUGGAAAAUAAUGAAAACUUACGUUUUGAUUACGAAAUGUAAACCAUUGGAGGAGACUGCGGGUAAGGCAAGAGAAUUAUGUAACUUAUCAGAAAGGGUAAAGAACAAAUUGAAAGCAUUAGAAUUAACCAAAUUUUGGUUCAAAUUAAAUACUUUUAAAAAUGCGGCCAAUGAAAAAAUAUUCGGUAACUUAUGUGAAUUUGUAUUUAAUAUUUUCUCAUUGCCCCAUAGCAGCGCAUCUGCUGAAAGAAUUUUUUCACAACUGAAUUAAAUUAAAAUGAAAACUAGAGGAACCGUCUAUUGCCUGAAACGUGCAUUGCACUAUUAAUGGAGAAAUCUUCCGUAGUAAAACUAAGUCCACAUGAACGAGAAUUUGCGGAAAAACAUUGUUUAUUUUGCAACGAAAUUUUCGCAAUUUUUCAAUGAAAUUUAUUUCAUCCAUCUCUAUGAGUAGGGAUGGGCGAAAUGAUAAAGUCGCGUCCAUAACAAUUUAGUUUAAUAAUUGUAUUUAAAAUUAACAUGUACUUUGCCGA